GGAAGUAAUUGCUUGCGACACCAGUCGAACUCGUUUUAACUUCCGGUAGCUAUACUCCUCCCUUUCCUAUCAGCCAUUUGUGAUAAACGAUCGAGUUGACCGAUCAUCACCCAAAAUCAGAAUGCAGAACGACGCUGGUGAAUUCGUGGACCUGUACGUCCCACGUAAAUGUUCCGCGAGCAACAGGAUCAUCGGAGCCAAGGACCACGCCUCCAUCCAGAUCAACAUUGCUGAGGUUGACAAGGCAACCGGUCGCUUCAAUGGCCAGUUCAAGACCUACGCUAUCUGCGGUGCCAUCCGUAGAAUGGGCGAGGCUGACGACUCCCUCCUGAGGCUGGCGAAGACCGACAGCAUCGUGUCAAAGAACUUCUAGUCUGGGACAUUGCAGCUCUGGAAUCUCUUUGUAAAAAAAUAAAAACAUGUA